CGAAAAAAAAUUAAAAUUUUUUUUUUUUUUUAUUUUUUUCGUAAAAAUGCCCAAGUUAAAUAGAGAUAUUCUUUAUUUGAUAUUCGAAAAAUUUCAAAAUGAUGAUAAGACCCUUUAUCCAUUUCUUUCGGUUAAUAAAACAUGGUGUGAAAUAAUUAUUCCAAUUUUAUGGAGAAAUCCUUGGAAAUACUUAAUAAACGGAAAUGAAAACUUAUUACUUAACGUAAUUAUUUCACAUUUAUCGGAAGAAUCAAUAAAUAAUUUAAAAAUUCAAGGCAUUGAUUUAUUUACAAGUUUACCUCAAAAACCUUUAUUUAAUUAUAUUUGCUUUUGUAAACAUUUGGAUUUAAGUGUGAUUAGUACGAUGGUUUAUAGUCAUUAUUCAUCGAAAUAUACAAAUAAUAUACCAAUUAUUAGAAGUGAAAUAUUCAACCUUUUUAUUAACGAAAAUAUAAAAGUUACACAUCUUUAUUUGCCUCGGUCUGAUUAUCAAAUACAUCUUGUUCCUGGAGCCAAACAUUGUUUCUCAGAAUUAACGUUCCUUAGAUGUAAUUCUAAAUCAAACAACAAUUUUUUAACUGGAUUAGCAGAAAUAUGCCAAUCAAUUAAAGAAUUGGAAAUUACUAUCGAAGCGAGAAAUAACGGUUAUGGUAUUACUAAAUUAAUUGAUUCCUCUAAAAAAUUAAUUAAUGUUCGUCUAAUAGUCAAUCAUAUGAUGUUUGGUUGUAUUUUUCCAACCAGUAAUUCAGAUUUUCCAAAUAUUGAUGAUGAAUUUCAUAUAAAACUUGAAAAUUCAUUGAUGAAACAUGCAAACACCAUACAAUACUUUAAGAUAGCUAUACCACCAGUAACAAGAAUUCUUUCAUCUUUGGUAAAUUUAAGAGAAUUAGAAUUAAGUUUUUCAGUUCAAAGUAUGAAAUUAGAUAAUUUAGAAAAUAUAUCUCUACCUAAUUUACGAUUUUUAAAAUCCAAUGUUUUUCAAUUCAAUAUUUUAAGAAAUUUAAUUGUAAAUACAAAUAGAAGCCUUACUAAAAUAAGUGUUAACAUUGUGCCUCAUAAUGUAAUUGACAACAAUUGUAUUAUUCAGGCUAUCUAUCAAAAUUGUCCAAAUCUUAUGUAUCUUAAAUUAUUGUUUAUGAUGGGUAACAUGUCAGAAUUAGAACAACUAUUAAUUAAUUGUCAGUAUUUAAAUGGGAUCUACUUUCUUGUCUUGAAUUUAUUUGAUUUGGAUGAACUAUUCGAAAAGUUGACUAAAUUAUCACCAUAUAAUUUAUUUAAGUUCAAGUUUAAUAUCAUUUCUUGUGAACCAAUUAAACUAGAAUCUUUAAAAUUAUUUUUUGAUAAUUGGAAAAGUAGAAACCCUAUGUUAUUACAAAUUGAUAAAACUGGAUGUGCUGAUUUAAUUGAUUUUAUUGAAGAAUAUAAAUCAGAAGGAAUUAUUAAAAAAUUUAAUAAGUUAAAUGAAAAUAAUUUUGAAGAUUUUGAAUGGUAAAAGUAAAAUUUAAACUAAUUAAAUUUAUUUAUUAAAUGUUAUAAUAGAUUUUAUGUAAUACAUUAUAUUUUCAGAAUCAUUUUUGUUGUUUUGUUUUUUUACAAAUAAAGAUACA